UCUCGGAGGCGCCUCUGCUGAUAUUGCGCAUCUUUUCUGAAGCGACAAUGGUGAGAGUUAGCGUUCUGAACGAUGCGCUCAAGAGCAUGUACAAUGCAGAGAAAAGGGGCAAGCGCCAGGUCAUGAUCAGACCAUCAUCCAAGGUCAUCAUCAAGUUUCUUUUGGUGAUGCAAAAGCAUGGAUACAUUGGUGAGUUCGAGUAUGUUGAUGACCACAGGGCUGGUAAAAUUGUGGUCGAACUGAAUGGACGGCUUAACAAAUGUGGGGUUAUCAGCCCUCGUUUUGAUGUGGGUGUUAAGGAGAUUGAAGGCUGGACUGCAAGAUUGCUUCCAUCUAGACAGUUUGGAUACAUAGUGCUGACAACAUCUGCUGGCAUUAUGGAUCAUGAGGAGGCUAGGAGAAAGAAUGUUGGUGGUAAAGUGCUUGGUUUCUUUUACUAGGCAAGGUUUUUUCCAGGAAUGAGAAUUGAGUUUUCCCGCUAAUGAAGAGCUUUUGGGUGUACUUUUGAACAUCAUAGGUUACUUCUAUGUUUCAAUUUGUGUUUGUUUUGAAUGCUAAUAGAGGUUUUUACUGGAAUGUUAUUUGCUAGAAUUUAUCUUUAAGUGUUUGGUUAUCCAUAGUGCAUCUGGUGGUUGUGGCCUCAGUCUUAAAUUAUCUUAUGAAAUCCAACAUUUUUGCAUCC